UUAGGAUUGAUCUUUAGAGACGAAGAGGAUAGCUACUUAGCCCGGAGAGAAGAAUAUUUCAUUGAUAGAUAGAUUGAUCGUUAAUGUCAAAGUAAAGUUGCUUUUCAUAUAUUCCCACAAUUACAGGUAUAAUUACAAGUAGACUUAAAACUUAGCAAAAGGGUUAACAUAGAGGAGUUAUCAUUGGCAAUGUCUUCAUUAUACAUUGGAGUCUAUAAGGCAUUAUAUGAUUAUGCCGCUCAAGCAGACGAAGAAUUGACGUUGAGAGCAGAUGAUCUCUUAUAUUUGUUGGAAAAAUCCGAUAUAGAUGAUUGGUGGAAAGUUAAGAAGAGAGUAGUUCCAGUUGGCGAUGAAGAAGUGGAAGAACCGGUUGGUUUAGUUCCUUCCAAUUAUAUCGAAGCGGCUCAAGUGAUUAAAACAGCAAGUGCUUUAUAUGAUUAUGAUAAGCAAACUGAAGAGGAACUUUCUUUUAAAGAAGGUGAACAUUUCAAUAUCUUUGAUCUCAGUGAUCCAGAUUGGUUACUUGUUGGAGAUUCAACCAACCAAUUGUUUGGUUUUAUUCCUUCUAACUAUAUAGAAUUGAACAAUUCGAAUGCCGCUGUAAACACUCCAAUUGCUCCUCAACCCCAACAAGCAGCAUUUCAACUUCCACCUCAAUCGCAACCACAACAGCAACCUCAGCCAUCACAAUUCAUUCCCCCACCACCGCAUCCUUCUCAACAACCAGUCGAUAAAUCUCCAAGUCAUCAAUCUUAUAAUGAUUCUUCAACUGACCCAAGUCCCCAGUCAAGAGGAGGUUACGAUUACAAUGAUGUUGGGGAUGAUAUCGAUGAUGAUGCUCCACCACCAAUGCCAAGCAGACCAACUGGCUCUAGUUCUGCUCCACCACCAUCGGCUCCUCGUCCUUUGCAACCAUCAACCACUGGUAACAAGGUGGGUGAUUACGAACAGGAAGAAGAUAUAUCUGCGCAACCAGAACACAGUUUUGAUGGGGAAUUUUUCACUUGGUAUAUCGAUGAAGUUGACGGUCGUAAAAAGAGAGCCGUCAUUUUUUCAAUAGGUAAAGGUUUGGUGAUUAUGAAACCAAAUACUAGUAACCCUAAAAAAUUAAAACUCAAAUCAGCAUCUCAAUUAGAUAAUGAAUGGAGAAUUAAAGACAUCAUUCAAUUCAGCCAUGAAAAGAAACAUGUUUUUUUGGAUAUGAAAAACCCAGAUUCUUCAAUUGAAUUACACGCCGGAUCAAAAGAUGUCGCUGAAGCAAUUAUUUCAAUCUUGGGUGAUUUAAAAGGUGCAGAACGUGCUCAAGGUUUAAAAGAAGUUGUAUCUGCAUCUCGUGCUAAUACUGAUUCAAGUAAUAGAAGAGUUGGUAAAUUAUUAUUUGAUUUUGUUGCUCAAGGUGAUGAUGAGUUGGGCUGUAAAGAAGGUGAUGAAGUUUAUAUUGUUAACGAUACAAAGUCAAAAGAUUGGUGGAUGUGUGAAAAUAUCGAUACCAAAAAACAAGGGGUUGUACCAUCUUCUUAUAUAGAAAUUGUUGGUACGGCUUAUUUAGAUAAAUUAACGGAUGGCCCUCAAAGAAGAAAAUCUUUAAAAUCAAGCUCUAAAGGAAGAGUAGUUGAGAGUAGUCGCAAACAUCAUAGAUCUAGAGAUGAACGUGACAGGAUUAGAGAACGUGAUCGUAUACAGAGAGACAAAUCAAGCUCUAAACGUAGUGAUGGUGAUAAAUCAAUGCCAAAUUAUCAUAGAGUUAGAACUUGGAUUGACAGCUCUGGUUCUUUCAAAGUUGAAGCAGAAUUUUUGGGUUGUGUUGAAGGUAAAAUUCAUUUGCAUAAAAGUAAUGGUGUUAAAAUUGCUGUUGCUGCAAAUAAGCUUUCAAUCGAAGAUUUAGAAUAUGUUGAAAAAAUUACUGGUACUUCCUUGGCUCAAUAUAAAGACGAAGUUCUUAAGCAAAAUUUGAAGAAGAAGACUGGCGCUACUAAAUCAUCGGUUGCUGCUAUUAAUGACAUCCCCCCUCCUCAGCCAUCAAGACCUAAGACUACAACUUCUGUGUCUACCAGUGAGCCAGAAUAUGAUUGGUUUGAAUUUUUCCUUCAAUGUGGCGUUGACAUUGGUAACUGCCAACGUUACACUCUCAAUUUCAAUCGUGAACAAAUGGAUGAAAAUAUUUUGGAAGAUAUCAACCCAUCUUUAUUACGUACUUUAGGAUUGAGAGAAGGUGAUAUUUUACGAGUCAUGAAAUUCUUGGAUAAUAAAUUCAAUAGAAAGAGUCAUGCAGAAGAAGCUCCAGCAAAUACUGGAAGCUUGUUCACUGAGUCUUCUGGUGCUUUGAAAAACAAUUCAAAUAGUGAAAUCUCUAAAGUCAGUGCCAAAGCAUUACCUUCUCCAUCACCUAAUAAGACUGUCGAACAACAAUCACAAGAAAAUAAAUUUGAGGAUGAUGCUUGGGCGGUAAAACCUGCUGCAAGAUCUAAUGAAGAUCUUUCAAAACCAAGUUCUCGCCCUCAAACUCCUCAAUACACUGGUUCAUUGCAAGACUUGGUUAAUAUUAAGCCAUUGGAACUGAAUAACAAGCCAGCAGUACCUGAGAAAGACAGACCUGUUAAUGCACCUCCAGCUGCUUCAGUUACGCCUUCCGCCCCCGCUCUUACUCCUGUAAAGACUGGUAGCUUGGUUCAACCAGGUGAUCAAUUCUCUGUUCAGAAAACUGGAGGUGGAUUGGCUAGUCAAACUACCGGUAACUUCAAACCAGUUUCCGCUCAACAAACCGGUAACUUGAUUCCUGCCCAACCAACCGGGUUUGCUCCAAUUACUGCUCAACCUACCGGUUUCAUGCCAAUUCAACCAACUGGAUUUGUUCCAGUACAAGCAACUGGUAUUUUACAACCUCAAAUUACAUUUGGUAUUGUUCCCUUACAAACUGGAGCUACUACUUUCACUGCUCAAAAAACUGGUCCUCAAUCCACUAUGCCAACAACUUCAUUCAACCAGCUUCCUAUGCAACCAACUUUACAAACUGGUAAUGUCACUAUGCCUCAAACCUCUUUCGGCAGCCAACCAACUGGCGGUAACAUGCCUCAAACCAGCUUCGGGGGUCAAUCAACUGGUGGAUUUAUGUCUAUUCAAAAUACUGCUUCAUUGGUUCCAACCCAACGUACUGGUGGGUUCGUACCACAAUCUGCGUUUGGUCAACAAAUUACCGGUGGUGCUAAUUUAAGCCAAACUUCAUUCGGAGGACAACCAACAGGCGGAUUCCCUCAAACCUCAUUUGGGGGUCAACCCACUGGUGGAUUCCCACAAACCUCAUUCGGUCAACCUGCUCAGCAAUUCCCACAAACCUCAUUCGGGGGUCAACCAACUGGCGGCUUUCAACAACCAAAUCAAUUCCCACAAAAUACAUUUGGCCAACAGUUCCCACAAACUACAUUUGGUCAACCAGCUCAACAGUUCCCACAAACUUCAUUUGGUCAACCAGCUCAACAAUUCCCACAAACUACAUUUGGACAACCGCAACAGUUUCCUCAACAAGGUUUUGCUCAACCUGAUAUGAAUCAAAUGACCAACAUGUUUCAAAAUACCGGUAUAAACAGCCCAAAUACUUUUGGCCAAGCACAACCAAAUACAACGUUUGGUCAGCAACCUACCUUUGAUGGAUUCAAUCAACCAUUACAAGCACAACCAACUGGUGCUGGUUUUGGUAAUGCGCCUGGAUCGUUACAACCACAACCAACCGGUAAAAGAGCAAACCUUCAAUCCGCCACCCCUGAUAAUCCAUUUGGAUUCUAAGAUACUUUCCAUACUAUUCUUACAUCAACUCAUACUUCAAAAAGUUAAGUUUGUUAUUUUUCAAUUUUUUUUUUUUUCAUCAUUUUCAUUUUCCUUUACCUUUCUUCGAUUUCGAUUGUGUUUACUUUAAUCAUGUUUAUUCUACAAAACUUCUUUAGUCUUUAUUUCUGC